AUGGCGAGCAAUAGCGAGCGGACCAAGCUGCACGUUUUCGGCAAGUGGCACAGCAUUCCCAGGCAGCAGGUGACCUACGGAGACCCAGAGUUAACGUACACGUACUCGGGCGUUACCUUUUCUCCGAAGCCGUGGAUCCCCGUCCUCGACCGCAUCCGAGACCGCAUCGCUCUGCACACUGGACAUACCUUUAAUUUUGUCCUUAUUAACCGGUAUAAAGAUGGUUGUGACCACAUAAGUGAACAUCGAGAUGACGAGAGAGAACUGGUUCCCCGCAGUCCUAUCGCAUCCGUAUCAUUUGGAGCCUGCAGGGACUUUGUUUUCAGGCACUGUGAGGCCAGAGGGAAGAAAGCAACGCGCCACAUCAAGCCCAUGAAGCUGCAGCUGGCGCACGGGAGCCUGCUCAUGAUGAAGUAUCCCACCAACGUGUACUGGUACCACAGCGUGCCCAUCCGCAAGAAAGUACUUGCCCCAAGAAUCAACCUGACCUUUCGGAAAGUGAUGACUCUAACCAGCAAAUGAAACAUUUUGCAGUCGAGCACCUGCUAUUUUGACUUUUAAAAUGGGAGCCUUGUUUCUGGCAUAACUGUCAGUUUCUCUUUCAAACGCUGUCUUUGAUGAUCCAAGGUAUUGGAUGAGGGAGUUAAACUAGAAGAGGGCAUAGUGUCCUUAGAAACUUGCUAAUAAAUAAAUUACUCAUCUUAAAUGACAAGACUGUUGUUCUCUCAGUAAGGCGUUGCACAGCCCGG